AUGGGACUGGGUCCACGUGGGGAUGCCAGGCUUCUGGUCUUGCGGGUGUCAUAUCGGUCUCGUGCGACGUAUCAGUUUCGCGAGUGGCGAGGGAAAUACCGCAGAGACGAGCGCGGCCAGAGGGGGCGCGUGUUCCUGCGCUGUGCGACGUGUAUAGAUCACAUUUUCAUGUGGGGUGAAAUGAAAGGGUAUUUCGGUCACUCCGAAUACCACUCCACCUUUGCGCGCGACUCUACGCUGUACACAAAUGUUGUGGAAGAUGUAGUUCGGGUUGUUGCGCGGGAACCCACCGGCAAUAGCCCACGCUCCAGCUCGGACCAGAUUAUGUCCAAACCAACACUGACCAGUGGACUGGCCAAUGGACAGACCAGGGGUUCAGAUCCAAGGCCACAGACGCUUGCACGGCCAAUCCCGCUGCCAUUGCAGAACUGGGGCGCCGCGCUUUGCGAGAUCAGAGUUCCUAUUUUCAGCUCGGCCGCGCAGCCGAUCGGCUCGCACGCGCGAAUCAGCGAACUCCAUCGCUGA